AAGUGGUAACGGCCGCUGAUAUUAGCUCCGAGAGUCAGGCGGCUGUCAGUCAGCCGGAGGUCCGCGGCAGUGUCAGACGUGUUAUGGGUAUACUCUCCUAUCACAUCGUAGAACGCACGUGACUCGCGAGGAACGGAAGAGUAAAAGUAUCGCACACGCCGAGUUGCGCGAGCAACGUCGUGGCGAUGCAUAAUACCAGGAUUGUGUACUACAGUGCUUUGUUACUGCUCGCUGCGGUAACAAGUACGAAUUCGACAAAAUGUUCGCGACUCAUAGACGGCGUCACUACUCCUCGUUCCAAUGCCGAGGGCAAAUAUCAUCUUUUCCUGACGCUUUUCAACAGGACCGAAGUUGCAUAUGCAUAUAUGCCGAAUACCCGGUACAGCGUGAUCCUACGAACCGAUGACAGCGAUCAGAUGCAUCGGAAGUUCACGAGAUUCCUCAUAUCUGCCGAAGCCGAAAACGCGAACGAGACGGCUGACGUCGGCGUUUUCGAUCUUCAGGACGACACGAUGACCAAGUUCGCGGAUAAUUGCGCAAAUGCCGUCGUGGAGAUGUCCAAAGUGCACAAAGAGGAAAUAUCUGUACCCUGGACCAGUCCUACCGAAGGUAGCGGUUGCAUAUUUCUCAGAGCGACGGUGAUGGAAACGCCUGAUACAUGGUACAUGGACGACUCAAACUUAGUUCGCAAGAUGUGUCAAGACUCAAAAGCGGAAGCCGAUGAUCAGGGCCCUAUACAACUUGAAUGUUGCGCUUGUGAUGAAGCAAAAUACGAAGUGACUUUCGAAGGAUUGUGGUCGCGAAAUACACACCCCAAAGACUUCCCCAGUAAAGGCUGGCUCAUCCGAUUUUCGGAUGUGAUCGGUGCUUCGCAUUCAGGAGAUUAUCGUUUUUGGCAAUACAAUGGCUUGGCUAGCACGGGAUUGCGUCAGGUGGCUGAGCUCGGUGCAACACGAAAAUUAGAGUCGGAAUUAAAGGAUCAGUCAGAACACAUCAGAACUAUAAUUAAAGCAAGAGGCAUUAGCUAUCCGAAUGUCACUGGAAAAACGUUCGCUGUAUUUCGUGUCGAUCGCAAAAAUCAUUUAAUGAGCUUGGUAUCAAGGAUUGAUCCCUCCCCUGAUUGGCUGGUUGGUGUUGACGGUCUCGAACUUUGUUUACCUAAUUGUUCCUGGAUAGAACACAAAGAGCUGAAUUUGUAUCCUUACGAUGCUGGCACCGAUGAUGGAAUUACAUAUUUGUCACCCGAUUCGCCAACGGAUCCGCAAGAACCGAUUCGACGUAUUACGUCGACGUACCCGAACGACUCGCGAUCGCCCUUUUACGAACCGUCGGGUCUGGACAUGAAACCUCUUGCGAAGCUUUACUUGAACAGACAGAGGUUAUACGAGACAACCUGCGAAGACAUCGGCGAUACGCCGGGUGAUACGGAUGCAACGGAUUCAAAUAAAAAAAAUAAGGCCUGUAGAGUCACGCAUUGGGGGGAAUGGGGCGCAUGUCCAGUCACCUGUGGUAGAGGCACUCAGCUAAGACAACGUCAUUUUCGCGACGAAGCGGCGGCGAAUGCGAACAAGUGCAGCACGCCUCUCACGGAUCGAAAACCAUGUUAUAAUAUACAAAACCCGUACUGCACUACUAACGGUCGUCACGACGGCCUAUUAGAUAGCGAAAAGUGCGUGCUGACCGAAUGGAGCGCGUGGAGUUCGUGCUCGUCGACCUGCGGCAAGGGCCACAAGACGCGAGCCAGGAACUUUCGGCAGAAGAAAUUUCGAAAAAUGUGUAAGGCCGUGCCGAACGGGCCGGAACUUCAACAGUCGAUCGAUUGCGACAACGAGCCGUGCGAGGGCGAGGACAUGGAGGAGGUAAGGCCACGAUUGAAUCAUUUGGACGACGAUGACGAGGAUGAGGACUAUGGCGGUGAGAGGUCGGACGGGAACGGAGAGAUAACCGAGGAAUGGCUGCAGAUCCAUCCAUGGCACCGGCACCCUCACAAAUGUCCCGCAGACCGCUACACACAAUGGUCCAUGUGGUCGCCGUGUAGUUCAAGCUGCGGGCCUGGUGUCAAAUUGAGAUCUAGACUAUUAGCGUACAAAGGUACAUGGAGUGGUUCAGAUAAGGACGAUGGAGAUAGUCAUGAGGAAUGCAAGGUUCAACAGGCAUCGUGUAUAGCCGAAAUUUCGAGCUGCGACUUGUCGAAUGAAGAAGCAGAAAAGAUCUGUAGCGAACCUGUGGAGAAGGGACGUUGCAAUUCAAACAUAUUACGAUUCUAUUUCGACAAGCAAACCAGUCGCUGCCACGUAUUUAGCUACUCCGGAUGUGACGGUAAUCGAAAUAAUUUCUCGACCGACAAGGAUUGCAAUAAUGUCUGCGGUAAUUUCCAAAGAGAAUUGAGGGCGAAUCUUUCGGCGAUCAUGAAAAACUUUAAGGUGUCCCUUAGCAGUGUCCUCAGCUAUCAUAUUCCCGCACAGGAACAGCGCAGCACGAAGGCAAAGCGAGCGCAGCACGAGAAAGAGGAUUUUAAAGGCAUUCAAGCGGGCAGUCAGAUAAUGGAAUCAAGUGAGAGUAAUAAAGUGGACUGUCAAGUUUCGGAAUGGAGUAAAUGGUCGCAUUGCGCGAGCUGUCGUGGAUAUAGCAUGAGUAUUAGAGAGAUUAUGAUUCCAGCCAAAGAUGGCGGUAAAAAGUGUCCGAAGAAGUUACUCCGAAAAAAGAAGUGUCAUAAAAUUCCACCAUGCUCUUUACAAGGUGACGGAACCGGCCGGCGAUAUCAUCGAGACAAAAAUACCGGAACCGAGUACGAAAAUUCGAUAGAUUGCAAAGUGACACCGUGGUCAACAUGGUCAAGAUGCAGUGCGACCUGCGGCGACGCAUUGCGAAGCAGAGUAAGAAGCGUGAUGAUAAAGCCGCGCGGACGCUGGGCUAAACUCUGUCCGGCUUUAGCGGAAUUCAAGAAGUGCCCGAAGGUAGAUUGUCCGCAGUAACGAACGCUCGUUGUCGCGUUUUACUAUUUUCGAGUCGAUAUGCAUAUUGCGAUUUGCACGGCGGUGCAUUUAUUUAAGAUCAAAUGUUGAAAUUUAUAUGACUCUCGUUAGACUGAUUAGUGACGUCUCCCCUCCCUCUUUUCAAAAUUUUAAGUAAUUAAAAUCUCGGAAUGCGUAUAAGAAAGUAGAGAUAAGAAUAAGAAUAACACUGGACGACAGUAAUUUUUUUCUACAGAAGAUUGCCAUUCUGGGAAUGAAAAUGACAAUAGAAAAACUAAUAAAAAUAACGGCAAAAAGAUAGCAGAUAAAAUGACAAAAUUUCAUUGGAAUGGAUAUUACAAUUAAAGAUGUUUUAGAUUUGGAAGAUUGAAGGAAUACUUUCAUCGCACAAUCUAACAAUACAUUCAUCUAAUUUCUGUUUGUAAUUUGCACAUAAAAUCUUAUUUCGUAAAAAUAAAAGAAAAUCAAAAUUUCUAAGUUUAUAAAUUAUUGAAUUAGAAAGAUUAAA